UUUGUUUGAACUUUUGUCAUUUUUAGAAAAACAGUUUUUAUUUUAUCUUCCCCGGCUUCUUUUAUUUUGUGUCAACGUGUCAAUUUUUGUAGUUUGUAAAUCUAAUUAGAAUGAGAUAUGAGUUUUAAUAGGAAGUAUAGAUAGAGAUGACGUGAUUUCUACUUUAACUUGGAAAACUUUCAACUCAGUUUAUAUAAAAGAAUGUGAUAAUAGUUUAAAUGGAUUUUAGCUGUUUUAAAAUGUAUUCCAUCAAUUUAGUUUCGUUGAUUCAAUGGGCGUUCGUGCUCGUAGUUUCCACAGUAGUACUUAUAAUAUUGUUAUCAUUGAUUGCCAAGAAGUACUUUCAGAAAGUUAGAGAAAAAGCGAGAAAGAGUGGUCAGCCAUUCUCAGUUGCGCUGUUUCACCCGUACUGCAAUGCUGGCGGCGGUGGAGAACGAGUGCUGUGGUGUGCGGUCAAGGCAAUUCAAGCAAGAUAUAGUUCGACGAAAAUAGUAAUAUACACUGGAGAUCUGAAUGCCUCUCCAGCAGAGAUAGUCAAGAAAGUAUAUACACGAUUCAACAUCACUUUAUCGUCACCAGUUGAAUUUAUUUAUUUGCAUAAGAGGAAGUACAUCGAGGCAAGCCGAUACCCGCAUUUUACACUUCUCUGUCAAUCCUUAGGAUCUAUUUCACUCGGUUGUGAAGCCCUAUUCGCUUUUUUACCAGAUGUGUAUAUUGACAGCAUGGGCUUUUCCUUUACACUUCCAUUGUUCAAAUUAAUUGGUGGUUGCACUACGGCUUGCUAUGUACAUUACCCUACCAUAUCAAAAGACAUGCUCAAGAGAGUGAUUUCACGAGACGUAACAAUUACAAACCGUGCCCAUGUCGCAAGAAGUCCGAUUCUUUCCUUCGCAAAACUCGUUUACUACAGACUCUUUGCUAUGGUUUAUAGUAUUUGUGGAGGGUAUUCAGACUCAAUUAUGGUCAAUUCGUCAUGGACUGAGGACCAGAUCACCUAUAUUUGGUCGGGCUGCAGGGAUGGAAAGAACCCUACCCACAGGGUUUAUCCUCCUUGCGACACUAAAUCACUCCAAGCCAUGCCUUUAGCUAAAGACAUAGGGGAAAGCAAGGAGAUUAAAAUUGUGUCCGUUGGCCAGUAUAGACCAGAAAAAGACCAUCCCCUUCAAUUAAAAGCAUUGUACGAGCUGAGGCAGAUUGUGAGCGAGGAAACUUGGGACAGAAUUAAAUUAGUGUUCAUCGGAUCGUGUCGAGACAGUGAAGACCAUAUUAGAGUAAAGGACAUGAUGGAUCUCUGCAAGCAUUUGUCACUUGAAAAUAAUGUUGAAUUUAAAGUCAAUGUUACAUAUGAAGAGUUAAAACAAGAACUUGCUUCCAGCAUGAUUGGUCUUCAUGCCAUGUGGAAUGAACAUUUUGGAAUUGGUGUUGUUGAGUGCAUGGCUGCAGGCCACAUUAUGGUCGCACAUCGCUCUGGUGGACCCAAAGCUGAUAUAAUCGAAGAAGCGGAAGGAAGCAGGAAUGGGUUCUUAGCAUAUGAUGAACGAGAAUAUGCUGAAGCGAUUGCUGCAAUUAUUAAAUUAUCUCCAGCAACCCGGAAAAAGAUAAGGGAAGCUGCUCGGUCUUCUGUUGAUAGAUUUAGUACUGCCGAAUUUGAAAAAGCAUUUCUCAGAACCAUUGAACCUUUAUUUUCUUGUAAUAAAGUGAACUGACCUAAUUCAAGAUGCACAUUAUAUGAUUUAGCAAUUGUUUAAAUCAUAUGUAUAUAAUAAAUUUUUUUUACAAUAA